UGUUGUUCGACUUGACGUUGUUUGGGUAUUUUGGCUUAACAAGUCGUCUUCUUGAAUAACAUGAUAUAGUACUACUAACAGACAACUAGACUAUCUUCGGAGCAGAUAUGGCCAAAGAAGAACAGCCUCUCUGGUCAGAUAUUCUGAAAAGAAGAAUAGCAAACUCUAAACAAGGCGAGAAAAGCGAAGAGGAAACGAAGGAAGAAGAAAAUGAGUUGUUCACCAAAUAUUACACAGAGUGGAAGGAAGGAAACGACAAAGACAAGUCCUACAAGACCAUCCCACGAUUCUACUACAGGUUACCAGCAGAGGAUGAAGUGUUACUUCAGAAACUGAGGGAAGAAUCCAGAGCUGUCUUCCUCCAGAGGAAGAGCAGGGAGCUUUUAGAUAAUGAGGAGCUUCAGAAUUUGUGGUUUCUGCUCGAUAACCACCAGGUUCCUCCACUGAGCGGAGAGGAGGCCAUGAUCAACUAUGAAGCCUUCCUGCAGGUGGGGGAGAAGGCUGGGUCCAAGUGCAAGAAAUUCUUUACAGCCAGAGUUUAUGCCAAGCUGCUGAACAAUGACCCAUAUGGCAGGAUCUCCAUAAUGCAGUUCUUUAACUAUGUCAUGAGGAAAGUGUGGCUGCAUCAGACCCGAAUAGGCCUGAGUCUGUAUGACGUGGCAGGACAGGGUUGCCUCAGAGAGUCGGACCUGGAGAACUACAUCCUGGAGCUGAUUCCCACUCUGCCUCAGCUGGACGGACUGGAGAAGUCCUUUUACUCCUUCUACGUGUGCACUGCAGUUCGCAAGUUCUUCUUCUUCCUCGACCCCCUCCGAACAGGAAAGAUUAAAAUCCUAGAUAUCCUGGCCUGCAGCUUUCUGGAUGACUUGUUAGAGUUGAGAGACGAGGAGUUGUCCAAAGAGAGUCAGGAGUCCAACUGGUUCUCAGCGCCGUCCGCUCUUCGAGUCUAUGGCCAGUACCUCAACCUGGAUAAGGACCACAACGGCAUGUUGAGCAAAGAGGAGCUUUCACGUUACGGCACAGCCACUCUCACCUCCGUCUUCCUGGACAGAGUUUUCCAGGAGUGUCUCACCUACGAUGGAGAAAUGGAUUAUAAGACCUAUCUAGACUUCGUAUUAGCCCUGGAGAACCGGAAGGAGCCAGCAGCGUUGCAGUAUAUUUUUAAACUUUUAGACAUGGAGAAUAAAGGAUACCUCAAUGUCUUCUCACUCAACUACUUCUUCAGGGCUAUUCAGGAGCAGAUGAAGAUACACGGUCAGGAGCCUGUCUCAUUCCAGGAUGUUAAGGACGAGAUCUUUGACAUGGUGAAGCCUAAAGACCCCUACAAGAUUACGCUGCAGGAUUUGGUGAACAGCUGCCAGGGCGACACGGUCGCUAGCAUCCUGAUCGACCUCAACGGAUUCUGGACCUACGAGAACAGAGAAGUGCUGGUUGCCAAUGACAACGACGGCAGCAACACAGCUGACCUCGAGGACACUUGAUGAUUUAGUGAUUUGAUAUAAGAGAAAAAUCAUUCAUUAUGCUCUGUGUAAAUAUUGUCUUAUCUUUACUUUCCUGUAAAGAAAACCUAAUGUAAUAAUAUGUAAUAUUGUAUAAUUUUGCCUAUAACUCCUUCUCAAUAACACCUCUCCAUAGAA